AGCCGUGACUUGUAGCUCCCGUACGCGCAACCGCCGGUGGCUGCGCGUUCUCAGCGUACGCUUACUUAUUCAGUUUAGGGGGUCAAAAAAAAAAAAAAAGCAGAGUUCCACUAUUUGUGCGCUAACAACGCUGCAGCCGCAAGCAGUUUAGGAUUAGUGGUCAGCGUAACAGGCUGAGGGGAGAGGAGAGAGAAGUGGAAAGGGAGUCGCUUGUUGUCAUCGCAUCCGCUUCUUGAAUGCGUCGGAAGAGAAUGGGAUUGCCGAUUGCACUACACGCCGUGGCAAGAGCAAAGGGACAGUCCACGACGCAGCGGUCAGCACCUGCGGUCUGCGCAGGCCUUCGUUGCAGCUUGUGUGCGUCCCUGCAUCAGUAGGGGUGGCCGCCGAAGGAAAAAAAAAAAAAAAAAAGCUCAGCCGUCGAUGGAGCUACGCUCCUACGCAGGCACGAGCGAUGGCUGUGGCACAAAACGGCUCGACUGCCCGUUCUGCGAGACGCCGUCCAGCAUGAGAGAUGCCAGCGGUGACAGCUCGCCGUUCACCGGCGCGGCUGAACGCGGCUGGCAGCCGUGCCGACUGCUCAGCGCCAACGGACGUCGCAAGAGUGUCGCGUGCUUGGUUUCCAACGGGUAUCCCCACGUUAUAUGUUCCUCGCAUACCUCUGCAAGCAAGACUACCGUCGAGCAGGUGCUCCCGGCAUUCCAAAAGGUGCAAGUACCCCGCAAGUGCCAUAGUUUACCACGAAACUUCAAGUUCCGGCCAUACAAGCCCAAGGUUACGCCAGUUGCUCACGUGACGCCAGCACUGAGCCGACAGUCGUCCGAAGUGGUUGGCCCUUCAGACUUCAAGUCACGCCUAGAUACCAUAAAAGAUUGGUUCACCAUGUUCAAUGAUGAUCAGAAGAAUGCCACAUUGAAAGCGCUCUUGGGGUUGUGUGGCCAAUCCCAGAACCACCUCCUCUCCGUCCUGCUCCAACCAGUCCUGCAUGAGCACUGCCCCGACAACUGCCAAGACUGGCUCAGCUCCUUACCGUCAGAUCUCCUGAUGAUCGUCUUCUCGUACCUGGACCCUGUGUCCCUGCUGCGCUGCGCCCAGGUGUGCCGUGCGUGGCGGGAUGCGACCCGCGACUCUUACCUGUGGCAGCGCCUUUGUGCGCAGCCGCAGUGGCGCGUCAGUGCCGCCACAGAAAGCAAGCAGCUGGAGCUACUGCGUCACUGUGAUGGUACGGUGGACUGGCGUGCUGUCUUUUGCCAGCGGUAUCGCCUGCGGCGCAACUGGCUCCGUGGCAGCUGUCACGUGCGCACAUUCCACGGGCACACGCAGGCUGUGUUCUGCGUCCAGUUUGACGAUACGCGCAUUGUCAGUGGUUCCUCGGACAAAACAAUCAAGGUGUGGAACAUGCGCACCAACAGCCCCUGGUCGGUGAUGACGCUCGUCGGUCACUCAGGCACGGUGCGCUGCCUUCACCUGAGCGGCAACCGGCUGGUCUCAGGCUCCAGUGACUGCACGAUAAAGGUGUGGGACUUGAGCACAGAACACUCUUGGUCCAGCAUAGCCUGUAAGGGCACCAUGGUUGGACACAUAGACACUGUGCGAUGCCUUCAAGCCGACGAACACCAAGUUGUCAGUGGUUCCUACGAUCGCACUCUUAAGGUGUGGGACAUGCAGACGGGCCUUUGCCUGCGCACACUGGUCGGUCACACGGGCGCGGUGCUGUGCCUGCAGUACCACGGAGACCGGCUCGUAUCGGGGUCCUGUGAUCGAACCAUACGAGUCUGGCAGCUGGACACUGGUCGCCACAUGGCGACCUUUCACGGUCAUCAGGAUGCGGUCACCUGCCUUCAGUUCGACUCCAUGCAGGUGGUGAGCGGUUCCCUAGACCGCACCAUCAAGCUGUGGAGCCUGUCGAGCGGCCAUUGCCUGCGCACUUUGGACUGGAUCAAGUCGGAGGGCCACACAGGGGUGGUGCGCUGCCUGCAGGCCGACCAGUGGCGCAUCGUCAGCGCCGGCGACGACCGUGCGCUCAAGGUCUGGGGUCUCGAGACGGGCCAGAGGCUCGUCACACUGCGUAACCACUCGGAUGGGGUCACCUGCCUCCAGUUCAGCGACUCCCUCAUCGUUUCGGGCUCCUACGACCAGACCGUCAAGCUGUGGGAUUUCACUGUCUGCUGAAAGGUGCCGCCACCAGAAGCCUCGAAACGUUGUCUUCACGAUGAUUGCACGCACCACAGACAGGAGCAGCACCAUUCGCAGCGACGAUUAACUGAGGUUCUGCAACUGGCCACAACUGGCGACCAAAUAGCACUCAUCGUUAAUGAUGUUCACGCUGGCAUGCACGACCUGCUCAUUGGAUAUGAGUUCUGUGGAAUCCCGCAAUGUGGCGGAAGGGUUAUGAAAGGGAUAAUUGACCGCCACUAGUUUGUAGCGCAAAGCCACAAUGAAAUUCGUGCGAAUUUCUCAGAAAGGAAAGCUUCCUAGUUAAAGAAGAAUUCG